AUGACCAUCGCGGCGCUCGGACGCCAGCUCGCGUCGCCGCGCGUCGUGGCUCGACGUCGGCAGCCGGCGAAAACGACGACGACGACGACGACGAAGACGAAGACGAAGACGCGAUCGUUCGCGGCGACGACGACGCGCGCCUCCUCCUCCUCCUCAUCCUCCUCCUCCGACGCCGCCGCGCGCGCGCCAUUCGCGACGACGUGCGCCUCCGCCGCGCUCGCGACGGCGGCGGCGCUGACGCUCGCGCUGUCCACCCCGGACGCGUCGAUCGCGGGCACGCCCAAGGGCCAGGGCGUCGCGAGCGGCGACGCGUACGGAAGAACCGACGUCGACCGGUGCAGCAGGGAAGCGCUGAAGAAGGCGGCGAACACGCGCGCGGCGUUCUCCGACUUCGCGACGCAGCAGAACGAGGAGCUGUACGUCAACGUCGAGGGGUGCGACUACAGCAACAUGGACCUCUCCGACGAGGUCCUCAGCGGCGUCAAGGCGAGAGGCGCCAACUUCGAGAACUCCAUAUUCGGCGCCGAGUCCUCGCGCGCGGACUUCAGCGACGCCAACUUGCGAGGCGCGGUGAUCAGGAGCGUGAACUUGUACAACACGAUAUUCGCGGGCGCGGACUUGGAGGGCGCGGACCUGUCCGGGUCGCUCGCGCCGGGGGCGUUUUUCGGGAGGGACGAGCAGACGGGGAAAAAGGCCAACCUGAAGGACGUCAACUUCGAGGACACGCUGCUGUCGUCGAGCGACGUGCGGACGAUAUGCGCGAACUCGUCGUUGACGUUCGAGUCGAAGAUGAGCCUGGGGUGCUGA